AUGUCUCACGCCGCAAAGAAAAGAAAACUGGACAAAAGCCGCCAGGACAGUCUCUAUUUUGACAGCUACACGGACGUGACCAUCCAUGAGGAGAUGAUAGCGGACCACGUCCGCACGGGCACAUACAGGACGGCGAUCCUGAGGAACAGCGAGUCUAUCCGGGGGAAAGUGGUGCUGGACGUGGGGGCUGGCACUGGCGUCCUGAGCAUGUUCUGUGUGCAGGCCGGGGCCAAGAAAGUCUACGCAGUGGAGGCUUGUUCGAUCGCGGAACAAGCUGUAAAAAUAGUCAAACACAACCAGAUGGAGGACAAGAUAGAAGUCAUUCGCGGCACGGUGGAGACUGUGGAGAUCCCGGAGCCGGUGGAUGUGAUCGUGAGCGAGUGGAUGGGGUACGCGCUGCUGCAUGAGUCCAUGCUGAACUCCGUGCUCUACGCCCGGGAUAAAUGGUUGAAACCCGGAGGUCUCAUGCUGCCGAGCAAAGCUGAACUGUACAUUGCGCCGAUGAGCGACCCCGUUGUGGAGGACCGCUUGCACUUCUGGUACCACGUGAAAGACCAGUACGGGGUGGAUAUGUCAUGCAUGUAUGAAUUCGCUGAAAAAUGCAUAAAAAACUCUGACAUCGCGGUGAACCCGGUGACUGUGGAGGAUGUGUUGUCGCACCCGUCGCGGUUUGCAGAGCUGGACCUGCACACUAUCACCACAGAGGAGCUGCGCGCAGUCAGAGGCCACUUCUCAUGCUCCUCGUUUGGUUGCGCGGCUGUGAACGCUUUCUGCGUGUGGUUCACCGUAUCAUUCCCAUGUCCGGACAAACCACAACAGCCAAUCGUUCUGUCCACGUCUCCCUUCAACCCGGAGACUCACUGGAAACAAGCGGUUCUGUACGUGGACCGUCCCGAGGAAGUAGUGCAGGACACGCUGGUCACAGGGGAGGUGCAGAUGUCCCCCUCAGAGCAGAGCGACAGGCACAUUAGUAUCCACCUUGACUACACUAUCGGACAGCACAAAAGGCAGUCCAAGAAGUUUGCUAUCCCUGACUGGAGCUCACAGUCCUAG